UAACACUACCUUUCAUAUUACAGCACUUCUGGCGAAAAGAAAACGUAGCAGGGAACAACAUAGAGCGGCUAGAAAAGCGAUCAGUCCACUAUGGUGUUUUCUGUCAAUCCGAACAAGACGAUUGUCCGAAAGCAGAUCAAUGCCAUUCAGUUCGGGUGCGUUCGUUCCGUGUUCUGUUUUUGCUCAACAUCAUUUGCUUUGAAAGUUGUCGUUGUGAUUAAUUCCCAAUCUAUUUCAACACGUGUAUUGUGUCUCGUCUUCCCCUCCGCAAUCCAAACUUGUAUACCAAUACACUCAAACUGAUAUGAUUCGUUGCUCGUUCAUUUCAAACUACCAGGUUUUACACCGAUGAGGACACUCGAGCUCGUAGCGUCUGCGAGAUCACCUCGAGCAUGGCAGUCGAUCCUCUCGGAAGUCCCCUUCCGAACGGUGUGUACGAUCCUCGAUUGGGACCAUCCUCUGCCGAUGCCCCGCCCUGCCCAACUUGCGCGCAGCGCUACAUGACUUGUCCUGGACAUUUUGGACACAUCGAACUGUGUGUCCCUCUCUAUCAUCCCUUAUUGUUUUCCAAUCUGGUAGAGUUGAUGCGCAUGAAAUGUCUGCAUUGCCACAAACUGACAAUAUCCUCUCGGGAAUUGAAUGUGUACAGGACAAAAUUCUUGUUGCUGGAGCACGGGGAAUACAACAAAGUUCAAGACUUGGAAAACCAAAUGGCAGCGAAAGUCAAGGAGGUCAAGGAAGGAGGUGGCGAUGGCGAAAAAAACAAAAGUGCGAGUGCACAAAAGGCUCUUACCAUGCACAAUGCCGGAUUGGCCAUCGACGAACUCCUCGCCGAGAUUCAAAACACUUACAGGGGCCGACGAAGAACUCGUAAUAAGAAGACGGCUGCCGAUUCCGUCUUUGAGGAAGAAUUACGACGCCAGCUAGUAAAGGAGGUCGUUGUGGCUUGCAAGGCGGCGAAAUCAUGUCCCCACUGCGGAGCCUUUUCCCCCAAGAUCCGACAGGAUUCGAGCAACAAAAUUUUCCAAUCCCCGCUCUCUCUUGCAGGGAAGCGCGCAAAUGCCUCGGAAGGGAUUCGAUUGGAGUCGGCUAUGGUGAAACAAAAGGAUGAUGACGAUUCGAUGAACGGAAACGACUCGGAGGAGUUCUAUUCUGCAAUUGAGGACAAUACUAACGAGGAGGAGGUGAACGACGAUAGUGACGACGAGAUGCAGGCUAACACCGGGAAAGACAAAUACAUGCAUGCAUCUGAAGUGCAAGCUCAGGUUCGACGGACGUGGGCCACCAACCCAAUGUUGUGUAAUUGGCUCUUUGCGGCCCAGGGUCCCGAGAUUUUCUUCGUCCAAGCCGUCCCUGUCCCUCCCAACCGGUUCCGCCCACCUAUGCAUUUGGGCGGAAUGGUGGUCGAACACAUUCAAAACGGUUAUCUCAAUAGUAUUCUUCAGGCAAACGAAAUUUUGAGAAACAAUUUUGCCUCCAAGAACGAAGCACGGGCGUACACGACCUGGAUUGAGUUACAAACCCACUUCAAUUGCCUUAUCGAUUCGUCCAAGGAUCCUUCCUCGAAUCCGAAUCCUCCACUUGGUAUUCGGCAGCUGCUGGAACGGAAGGAGGGAAUAUUCCGAAAACAUAUGAUGGGGAAACGUGUGAAUUAUGCCUGUCGUUCCGUCAUUUCUCCUGAUCCGUAUAUUGGAACCAACGAGAUUGGUCUUCCACGAUAUUUUGCAGAAACAUUAACGUACCCAACGCCCGUUACAGACAUCAAUAUUGGAGAAAUGAGAAACUUGGUAGAACGAGGACCCUUUCAGUAUCCAGGGGCUCGGUGGGUAGAAUUUCCCGACCGUCGAGUUGACCUGAGUAAAAUGGACGAUCACAAACGGGAAGCAGUUGCCGCUCGAUUGUUAAUGUAUGCCAAGAAAGGUAGCAAACCAGCUAUUGUGGGAAGGCAAUUGAGGGAUGGCGAUAUGGUCCUAAUGAAUCGACAGCCUACAUUGCACAAACCUGGAAUCAUGGGUCAUGAAGUGCGUGUCUUGCAUGACCCUACACAGAAGACCAUUCGAAUGCACUACGCGAGUAAGUUUUCUUGAUUUUUAUUUUUUGGUUCGUCACAAUCCAAUCAUGAACCAUCACGUUUCUAACUUAUUAUUUUUUAUAACCCUAGAUUGCAACACAUACAAUGCCGAUUAUGAUGGUGACGAGAUGAAUUGUCAUUUCCCACAGAGCGAUCUUGGUCGAGCAGAGGCGGAAUACAUUGCGAAAACGGAUUUGCAAUUCAUCGCUCCAACAGACGGGGCACCUCUGCGUGGGUUGAUUCAGGACCACGUUGUUGCUGGUGUAAAGUUAACUAAAAGAGAUACAUUCUUAGACAAAUGGGAAUAUCAGCAACUGAUGUUUGCAGCCUUGGUCAGUCUUCCGCGACUGGAACUCAUACGGUCGGAUGCAAAGAUUGAAUUGUUACCUCCUGCUAUCCUAAAACCAAAGCCAAUGUGGACCGGAAAGCAAGUUAUCUCAACAUUGCUAAACCAUCUCAGGAAAGGAAAUGAUCGAGAUGCUCCUGGUCGUGGGCCUAUGCCAGGAAUAUCUACCGAGCGCAAGGCAAAGACAGCAGGUGCAGCUUUUGGGAAUAACUUGGAGGAGCAUCUAGUUAUUAUUCGUGAUGGAGAAUUGCUACGUGGAGUGUUGGAUAAGGCAGCGUAUGGUGCAACGGACUUCUGUUUGAUACACGCCGUCUAUGAAGCAUACGGGCCUGCAAAGGCUGGAUUACUCUUGAACUCUCUUGGUCGGCUCUUCACGUCGUACAUCCAAUUUUAUUCGGGUCACUCGUGUAGAAUGGAAGAUCUCAUCUUGACAAAAAAAGCAGACCAGACCCGCCGAGAGCUUAUUUUGAAGGCAUACAAUAACGGUGCUCGAGCGGCUAAGGCAUGGGCUGACUCAGAAGGUGGAAAGGUGGCAAUGGAAGUUGACCAGAAAACCAGCAACCGAUCACUCAAGCCUGUCGAGGCUGCUUCUGCUGCUUCAAAAGUUCGUCAGUUACUUUCAGGAAGCGAAGGGAAAACAAACCACGAAGCUCUCGAUGGUUACAUGAUGUCGAAACUAAAUCCGUUAGCUUCGGACAUUGUUAAAGCGUGCCUUCCAACCGGACUAGCUGUUCCAUUUCCAGCAAACACGUUUGGUAUAAUGUGCGGUACUGGUGCGAAAGGAUCAAUUGUGAAUCAAUCGCAGGUGUCGUGUGCGCUGGGACAGCAAGCUUUGGAAGGAAGACGUGUCCCAAGACUUGCAAGCGGACGAACCUUACCAUCGUUCGCUCCUUACGAUGUGAAUCCAAGAGCUGAUGGAUUUGUGAUGGAUCGUUUUUUGACAGGUAUUCGACCUCAGGAAUACUAUUUUCAUUGCAUGGCUGGUAGAGAAGGAUUGGUUGACACAGCUGUUAAAACUUCGCGUUCUGGUUAUCUUCAACGAUGUCUUGUGAAACAUCUCGAAGAAUUGAAAGUUAACUACGAUUAUACCGUGAGAAAUGGCGAGGGGGGAGUUGUGCAAUUCCUUUACGGUGAAGAUGCUCUUGAUCCCACUAAGGCAUCUUACCUUGACUGCUCUGACAAAUCUUUCACUUUCAUGGCAAGAAAUCAUGCGUCGCUCAAAAAAGGCCGGCCGCCUUUGCCAGACACGUCACUAAAGAUUGCCGCUAGAGAUGCACAAAGGUCUGAACAACUUAAAAGGAACCCAGAACAACCGCUUCAAGUUGGUGACUUUGUUCAUGCCAGGAAAAUACGUGUUGGAUCAAAAUGGGUCAGAGGAGCGAUUUGUGAAGGAUGGUUUGAUGCUACAGUUGUCAAAAGGCACAAGAACAAUACCUUUGACAUCAAGUAUAUGAAGGAUGGCAAGAAAGUAAAAAACGUGCCACUGGAGGUGGAGUUUUCUAGGAACAAGGCAUGUUCUAAUACAUGUGUUGUUUUGAAACCCGCCAUUUCUGAUCCGGUGUUAAAUAUAGCAAAAGGAACGCAGAGAAUCGGUAGUAGCGGGGCUUGCGUGUCAGAACGAAUUGCCGAAAAGGCAUCUACGAUUAUGCGGGAGAAUGAGGAGUUGAAAAAGGCCAUGAAAAGUUACAACAUUUCGAAUCAUGAAUUCGAUUCCUUGGUUGCUGCCAAGUUCUCUUCUGCUCUGGUUGAUCCCGGCGAAGCGGUUGGUGCGAUUGCAGCCCAGUCGAUUGGUGAACCUUCUACGCAAAUGACUCUGAACACAUUUCACUUGGCAGGAGCCGGUGCAAAUGUAACCCUAGGUAUCCCUCGACUACGAGAAAUUAUUAUGACAGCGUCUAGGGAAUUAAAAACUCCAACCAUGUCUGUUCCACUCCACAAGGAGGUGACAGAUUCUGAGACAACAAGACUGACUAGAACAUUCACAAAGCUAACUCUCAACGAACUAAUUGCAGCUGAACGAGGUGUUACCACUAGAGAGACACUGAUGCGGAGUGAUAGUGGAGAGUGGCAGCGUGCCUAUUUCGUGACACUAAAGCUGCACCCAGCCGAAAGAAUCAAAACUGCGUUUGGUCUUACUCUUCAAGAUGUUGCUAAAGUUGUUGCCAAGACAUUUGUCCCAGGUUUGUCAUACCAGAUGAAACUAGAGCUUCGUAGGUCCUCUUCCGAUUAUGACGGAGAUCUUACUGUCGAGGGAGGGGAAAGUUCUAAUUUCACACAAGUCGAAAAGAAAGAAGAAUUUGAUAACAAAUCAAAACGAGAUUCUUUGUUUGAAGACGACGAUGAUGAUAAUGAUGACGCGGACGACGCCGUGGAUGAAGAAGAUGGGGUCAAAGCUUCGAGAAUUCAAUCGGAUAAUUACGACGAGGAUGAUGACAAUGAUGAUAAUCUAAGCGAAAGCGAUGAUGAUGAAGAAGAAGACGAUACACCUACACAGGUAUCAUUUUUAGGAGAUUCAGUUAAAAUUGAUACAAAAACGAAUACCAUUCAACUUCAACCGCUUCGAGUAGACCCUUCCUCUCGACCUUUGUUGAUGAUUGGCCUUGUCGAAAAAGCGGCGUCAAAGACAUUAGUUCGAUCAAAGAAGAACAUCGACCAAGCGUUUGUCAAUGAAGAGGAAGGCGGACGUGGUCGGUGUCUGCAAACUGCUGGUAUCAACUUCACUGAAAUGUGGAAGUUAGAUAACGUCGAUCACAGUAGACUCAUGUCAAAUGACAUUUGGGCAGUCCGUUGUUCAUAUGGUGUUGAGGCAGCUCGUAAUACGAUUGUUGAUCAAAUCCGAUCCGUUUUCGGCGUUUACGGUAUCGAAGUUGACCCACGUCACUUAAGUUUGAUCGCUGACUACAUGACCUUCGGAGGAGAAUACACACCGAUGAAUCGCACUGGAAUGCGAGAGUCUAGUUCUCCAUUCCUGCAGAUGAGUUUCGAAACAACAGCUCAAUUCAUGACGCAGGCUGCUUUGACAUUGGGAUCUGAUAAAAUGAACAGCCCGAGUGCAAACAUCGUUGCCGGAAGACCUAUUCGCCAUGGAACAGGAUCAUUUUCUCUGCUUGUAAAAUAAUACCAGCUAUUGAAUACGAACAUCAUGACAUUUCACUUGGAGUGUCUGUAUCCACUAAUCGAGUUUUAUUUUCAUGCUUCGAUACGUAGAAAAUUGGUUUGUCUGUUAGAUACUACUAGGGCAUGAUACUAUGAUCGACUAAAACGUUCGGUAUCGGAAUAAUACAAUAAAAUCAAUGUUUAAAC